UCUUGUUGUUUGGGGCGGGUUGCGCGGUGCCGGUGAAGGGGGGGGUUGGGCCGGGUGGUCUGUCCCUUCCUCCCCGCCCCUCCCCCAUUCACGUCCGGCCUCCGCCUCGGGAGUGAGUGAGCGUUUGACGCUGAGCCGCGAAUCGCGACAGAUUGAACAGAGCGGGAGCGCAGCUAACGGACAAACGGCCGCCCGGACGGAGAGGGAGGGGAUCCGGCGGCUGGUCAGAUACAAUUGAGCGAGGCCCAGGCCCAGGCCUGGAGCCGCACCCUGCUGGCUCCACCCCGCCUUUGGCAGAGGCAGAUGGCUAGCUGUAGGAAGCUGUGUGAGGAAUGGCCGGCGGUUGGAGGCAGCUGAACGCCCUUUGAUAGCCAUGUUAACGAGGAAAGCACCGGCUCCAGGACACUUGGCCACGGCCCAACUUGGAGAUGUCCUGUAUGACUCUUACAUGCGCGUAGAUCAGGCUGAGAGCCAAGUCCUGUGUGUGGAGAAAGAAAGCCCUGUGGGAUUACCAUCUCUUAAUAGCUUAACGAUUGGAAAGAGCACAAUGAAGGACCAUUUGCCAGCCUCAUGUCGGUCUCAGGUCAAGGUGCAACAUUUAUUUGAGGAUGCUGGAAACAGACGAAAUAAUGCAACUGUGCAGUCCACUGUGCCUCGAACUUGUAAAACAGCGCUACCUUCACUUAAAGAAAAGAGCUCGGAUGGUACGGCCUCGUCUAAAUCAGAAGGCGUUUUACUUAAAUCAAAAGCUGCUAUAACACCUACACAAGCCAUGAAGAUGCACAUGCAUCAGUUGUCUUCCUUUGAGCAUCAGGAAAUCUUUAACUAUCCUGAAGUUUACUUUAUGGGUCUAAACGCAAAAAAACGACAAGGGGUAGUAGGUGGAUCAAACAACUGUGGUUAUGAUGAUGAUCAAGCAGCUUACAUACUGCUGCCUCAUGACCAUAUAGCAUAUAGGUACGAGGUACUUAAAGUUAUUGGGAAGGGAAGCUUUGGACAGGUGGCUAAAGUGUAUGACCACAAACAGCGGCAGCACCUGGCAUUGAAGAUAGUGCGAAAUGAGAAGCGAUUCCACCGGCAGGCUGUAGAGGAGAUCCGAAUUCUAGAGCACUUGAAAAAGCAAGACAAGAACUUGCAAAUGAAUAUCAUCCACAUGCUGGAGAAUUUCACAUUCCGCAGCCACACCUGCAUGACUUUUGAACUGCUGAGCAUGAACCUGUAUGAACUGAUUAAAAGAAACAAGUUCCAAGGGUUCAGCCUGCAGUUAGUGCGGAAGUUUGCCCAAUCUAUCCUACAGUGCCUGGAAGCAUUGCAAAAAAAUCGAAUCAUUCAUUGUGAUUUGAAGCCAGAAAAUAUUUUACUGAAGCAGCAAGGCCGCAGUGGUAUCAAAGUAAUUGAUUUCGGCUCCAGCUGCUACGAACAUCAGCGUGUUUUCACGUACAUCCAGUCACGAUUUUAUCGAGCCCCCGAGGUUAUCCUUGGCUCACGUUAUGGGAUGCCCAUUGACAUGUGGAGCCUUGGUUGUAUCCUUGCUGAACUAUUGACUGGGUACCCUCUUUUUCCUGGAGAAGAUGAAGCAGAUCAGUUGGCUUGCAUGAUGGAACUUUUGGGAAUGCCUCCUCAAAAAAUGUUGGAUCAGUGCAAACGAGCCAAGAACUUCUUCAACUCUAAGAAUCAGCCACGCUAUUGCACUAUCAUCACACUCCCAGAUAACACAGUGAUUGUGAAUGGUGGUCGUUCCAGAAGAGGUAAGCCGCGAGGGCCACCGGGUAGCAGGAACUGGGUGACAGCUUUGAAGGGUUGCGAUGACUCGUCGUUUAUCAGCUUCCUAAAGAGAUGUUUGGACUGGGAGCCACCUAAUCGCAUAACACCCACCCAGGCUUUGAGACAUUCAUGGCUACUUAGACGCUUACCCAAACCACCCACUGUGGAGAAGACCGCACCGGUUAAAUCUACGCCAGAUAGCAGUAGUUCCUUGCCUGGAAUUGUUUCCAAGUUACCCCCAAAUAGCACCAAACUAAGGACCAAUUUGGUGCAAAUGGCUGAUUCAAAUGGAAAUAAUAUACCUCUACGUACUGUGCUUCCAAAAUUAGUUAGCUAAGGCUAUUGUGUGCUGCAAAUUAAACCCAAGAACGUGUCAAAUGCAAAAAAAAAAGUUUCUUAUGUAGGUCUUUUUGCUGGUAAAAUGUUUAACAAGUAUUUCAUAAUGAUUAUGUAUAAGAAACUACCGUAAUUUCCAAGUUGCAUUAAAGUGCAUAAAAUUAUUCUUUAUCCAUCUGACCCUCUCAAGACUAUUGUAGUUUUUAUCUCCAUUAAAUUAUGAAUACCCCUAGUUUGUCGAGAAUAAAAUGAAGUAAAUGUAUUGUAUUUAAAUCUCGCUUAACAUUUUUAACUACCCUGGCAGGAGUGACUGAAUAUAAAAUAUUGUGGUCAAGAUUUGUACAUCAGACCUCACUUAAAUCAAGUUAAGUUCUUUUGACCACAUUUGAUUUCAGUUCAUAUUUUUUAAAUAAUCCCAUUGUUCUUCCUACAGUAUGCUAGUUAUUUUAUGAAUAAGGAUCCUGCUUGAUAAAUUAAAUACCAAAUUCGCCCUCCCUCCCCCUUCCAAACAUACACAUGCUGACUUUUACUUUAGUGUGGCUUUGGUGGGCAAUGAUGGGGCUUGAAACAUUUGGGCAUUGGUAGUUAAUUGCCACUGGAUCUCUGUAAAACCCUGAAAAUUGGCCAAAUGUACUUUUUCAGCUGGUCACAAAGAUAGAGGCCAAUCAGCUCAUGCAGCUCACUGUGGAUGGGUACUGCAAGCCACAUGUAUUUCAAUCUUGUCUCACAAAAUAUCUAGCUGUCAUCCUGAUCCAGGAGUAAACUUUAGUCCCCUUCAUGCUAUGCAUCUGUAUCUGUUGGCCACCCUUCUUCUGAGUGACAGUUUAUUCCACAAAUUGCUUGUGAUAAAUAUAUACCUCUGAACCCUUCAGCCUUGGGGUUUCAGAAUUUGGAAUGCCUGUUUGUUGCCCUGCAACAUCUCAUCUGGGUCCCAUCACCCAUUUUAAACUUACAAACUUCCUUGGGUGGAGAUUAACUAUGGGGAAAAAAAGUUAAUUGGAAGAUUUGAGCAAGAUUUGUGGCAGCUGGAUUCUACCUAACAUAUUCUCUGGUGAAGAAGGAUAACCAAUUUUUAAGAUGAGUCCACAAUACACAGGGAUUCAUUUUUCUAAUAUCUGUUGAGUAAGUAGGCCAGCAAAACAGGAGUGCAGACGAAGAAUUUAUAUAAAGCAUUGUUUUGUACAGUGGCAGACAAGCACCAAAGCUUAACUGGAAUUUACUUCCAUUGUUCACUGAUCAGCAAGACUUGUUGUUAAAUUCAAAAUUGUGUCAGCGUUAGAAUCUACAGGGUUGUGGAAGAGUAUAAUCCUGCAUUACACAUAGAACAAUCUGAUUCAAUGCCAAUAUAGCAAUUUGAUUGCUGUAGUAUUAAGGACAAACUGUAUAAUAUAUUUUUAAAAUCUACGCAAAGAGCAGAAAUGCCAAGAGAUAUUUUAGUGUGCAUUUUGGCACUUCGAGGAAAAAAUGGAAGCCCAGAACAAACUUGCAGACCUGCCAGAAGGAAUGUUUUGCAUCACCAUUUUUACGUUUCUGCAUGUGAGUUCUUCAAGGAUAAUCGGGUAAAAAAUUUAUGCAUCCUUCCUCUGCACCAAUUGCACACUGUAAAAUUCAUACUCAAAUCCAGGCCCGUAGUUACUUGUCCACAGAGUGCAGCUAUCACACCAUUGUUGGUACUUUUUUGGAAUGAAACCAUUCCAUGUCGGAUAUGAUCCAAAAAUCCUAUUCUGUAUUGGCAAGUUUUAAUGAAUGGUGGGAUAGGGCCUCCUCCUGAUAUUUCCUAACUCCUCCAUCCUCCCAUUAAAAGAAUUUAAAAUGUUGGUACAAAACAUUUAAAACAAGAUUCACUCCAUCUUGAAUAUCCACUGAGCAAAUCUAAAUACUCCCGGUUGAAUAUUGCAAAUACUUUGCAGGAGGUUUUAAUGUUUUGAUAUAAUGGAUGCUUUUAAUCUUUAUAAUUGUGGACUUUUCAGAUUUAACUAAUUUAGUUUAUGAAAUGUUUCAACAGCAGCUUUUUGAUAACUGGUCAAAUGAAGAUCCAAACUUUUUUAUAAAUUGAACAAAGGCCUUGUGAAGUUAAUCUCUCCUGCUUUACAAAAGUUUCUAGAUAAAGACAUUCCAAUGGUUCAACAUUUUGAAAAAUAUCUACUGGAAUAAUUGCAGGUCUAAUGAAACUUCAGUGCACUGAAAUGCCAGAUGCUUUAAUUCAAAACACCAUUUUCAGUCUAAAGCAUAAUAUAGUUGAGCUGUUGUCCCCAUUUUAAUGGAUUGUGGUUGAGGAAGAGGAGUUUAUCUUACACUAUGUGCAGUACACGCUGCUGCUGCUUGUUCCUAUUCAUGGGAAGUUGGAUGUAAAGGCUAGCUGAACCAGGGAUCCACUUCUGAUUGUUAUUGUGAAUGAGUUGAAGAUUGAACCAAAAACAGGUUUAGCACGGUGGUGAAGCAGACAUUUUGUUACUUGCUGAUCCUUGUCCACUAACUUGUUCUCUGUACCAUUAAACUGGUAUAAAACAGCUACUGUGUUAGUAAGGCAAGCAAAAACAUACAAAACUGUAAUUUUAACUUUUAUAUGUAACUAAUGUUUUUCAUCAAUUCCAAAGCAAUCUGCCAGUUUUACCAAUAAAACUGUACAUGGGUAAUUAUUGUUCAAUCCAUUCUUCAAUGAAAAUGAAUGAAAAAUCCAUUUUCAGCCUAAACCUUUCUAAGUGCUGCUAUGAACUAGGCACACAAUUUGUGAGGUGUAACCAAUUUGAUUAUGUUCACCAUGUUUACAACCCAAAUUACACCAUCUCUUGCAUGAAUUCGGUUUCUGUAAUUUUAUCAAAUUGCAGCACAUUAAACUUAACCAACGUGAAGCACUUUAUCUCAGAUAAUUAUGGGUUAUUAUUCAGAACAUACAAGAAAUGUCAACACCACAUUAGAAAUAUUUCACAAUGAACACUGAUGAGCCAAUACAGUGUACUGGAAGCUGGUGAUUCACCAGUUAAAAUACAUUGAACAGGCCUGCAAGUAUCAGCAUAAACAUGAAUUUCCUGUGGAAUUGGUGUCAUAUUAACAUGUCCUUGUGUAGUGCCUGAAGGUUAGAAGUUCAAAUCUGUAGCAAGAAGAGGGGUCAAAGAACACCUGUCCAGAUUUAUGGGGUGUGCAGUAGGAACAGCAGGUAGUGCAGAUGGCAGUUUCACUGCUGUUCUUGCCUUGAGAGCUCCUCCUGUAGCAGCAAAUGGGAGCCUAUUGCAAAUGGAGCUGUUCAGUCAUAACCAGCAGUGUGUAAAUUGUGGCCUUUAGGCCCGAGCAGACUAGUCCACAAAACAUCUCAGUUCUACUUGCGUUUGUUUUCAUGCUCACUGGUGCAUCCUGUUUUAAGAGUCUGGAAAGAGUGGUUCUUAAUGUUUCCUCAUUGAUGGAUAAAUCCCAAAUCAGAACAGCAAGGUCGUCAUAUUACAAUCGUUGCUAGAGUAGUAAAAUAACUGAGCAGAUAUCAUCUGCCCAAUUAUAGAAUCUGGCAAUGGAGUCCUGCUAUGAAAGUGGUAAAAGUGAAAAUUGCCCUUAAGAUCAGUUAAUAUCACAAACUUCAGAUAUAUGCAAAUUAAUGAGAACAUUUAUUUAAACUUGCUAUGUUCCUGUAAGGCUGCAUGGUGUGGAGCUAAGUCGACAAUUGAGAUAAAAGUUUAUUGACACCACAAACAUAAGCACGGUUCUCUUGUAGAUGUGAGUUUACUUUCAGGAUAUGAAAACCUUUACAGCAAUUCUGGCCCAGUUGGUUACCACCUUCAUCACUGAUUAAAAUGAUCAGUUUUGCAAAAGUAGCAACUCGAAUUUCAACACAAUUGUUUUCACAGCACCACUAGACAAUCGGGGAAGUACAAACUUAGCACUAAAUGUUCUGAAAUGUCCUUGUGUUAUGGUGUUAAUCUGGGCUGCUUGUUUAUGCUGUUGUAGGCUAGUAGAUUGAUUUUGAGAUUUUUAAAACUUUGCAAGCAAUUGGGAAUUGAAAAGUUGUCUGUCAUCCAGAAUUUGCAAAUAUGCCAGAACACAAGGUGAACAACCAUUUGGAUUACCCCAGGGAGGCCAUUGUGAUAUGGAUCAACUGUUUAUCACUGUCUACUUAAUAAUAUUUGUGGAUCGGAAUCUUUAGUAAUGUUUUGAGUUUAAAUAUAUACUUGAAAAUCAUCAAACUUCCCUCUUAUGUACUGUAAAUAUAACAACCUCAUGCAGUGCAAUAGACCACAUGAUCUUUUGGAUUUAUUUUCUCUUAGAUAUCUACAUUGGCUGAAAUAUAGAAAGUAUUUCUUCAUAGCAAGAUGUUCUCCUUAAUAUAAAUUAUUGAUAUGGUUCAUCAGUAACAGUGACAACUUGUAUUUGGCAUAUAGAGCCAAAACAAUCCAAUGUUUUAUUUUUGACAUUUGACACAAGUCACAUAAGGAAAUAUCAGGCAAGUUGACCAUAAGCUUGGGUAGAGAUACUUUUAAUAUUUUUUGCCAGUGAUCUCACAUCCCAUUGAUGUCAACAUUCAUUGCCCAUCCCUAAUUACUCUUGAAAAGGUGGUGGUGAGCUGCCACCCUGAACUGCAACAAUCUGUGGUGCAGAUACACCUACAGUUAGGAAGGGAGUUCCAAUGAUGGUGAAGGAACAGUGAAACAAUUCCAAGUCAGGAUGGUGUGUGGCUUGGAGGGGAUCUUGAAAGUGAUGGUAUUAAGGAAAAUCUUAAAGCAGGAAAUAGAGGUGAAAAUUUUAGGGAGUGAAUUCCAGAGCUUAGGACCUUGACAGCUGGAGGCAUAGCCACUAAUGGUGGUGCAAUUAAAAUCAGGAAUGCUCCAGUGGCAAGAAUUGCCAGAGCACAGAGAAAGGGAGGGGUGAGGCCACAGAUGGAUUUCAAAACAAGGAUGAGAAUUUUAAAAUCACAUUGCUUAACUGAGAGCCAAUGUCGGCCAGAGCGCAAGGGAGAUAUGGGUGAGCGGGACUUAUUGCGAUUAAGGACGCAGUAGCAGAGGUUAAAUAAUGAAGUUUGUGGAAGGGCAACCAUGGAGGCCAACUAAGAGUUCAUUGGAAUUGUUUAUAGAUAACAAAGGCUUGGGUAAGGGUUUCUGCAACAGAGAAGCUGAGGCAAGGGCAGAGAUGGGUAAUAGAGGUGGAAAUAGGUGGUCUUGUUGAUGAUGCAGAAAUGUGGUUGGAAACUUAUCUUGGAGUUAGAUAUAACACCAAGGCUGCAAACAGUCUGGUUCAGUCUCACAGAUGGCUGGAGUCAGUGACAAGUGAACAAAGUUUAACACAGGCAGAAACAGUAACUGUCUUCCCAAUGUUUGGUACAGAGUAUAUUGUUGGUCGUUUUGGUUUCCAUCUAAGUUUAAAUCACUGAAGGGUAUAUUUUACCAUAUGACUGAAUAAAAAUUAAUUUAUAAAACUCAAUGUUAAAAUUAAAUGACAGCUUAUUCUAAGUCAUCAGAAAUUUGAGGAUUUUUCUUUUAACUUUUCACAAAGGAAAGUAAACUUCUGUGAUAAUGAAAAUGACAUCCUGGAAUAUUAAAAUGGAAAAAAUAAGGAAGAAAUAAGUUUAUUUUGAGAAACAAUUGCAUAUCUAUAAUAGGUAAGAUGGCCUACUCAUUUUUUCCAACAACUUGCAUUUAUGUAGUGCCUUCAAUGUAGUUUAAAAGUCCCAAGGCACUUAACAGUGAACAAAAUUUGUCACCGAUCGGAUUUGCAAAAGGAGAUACUAGGACAGAUCAAAGAGAUAAGGCUGUAGAGCAGCAGUGAGGUUUAGAAAGGAAAUUCCAAAGCUUAAAAAUUUAUUCCAAGACCUGAAGGCAUGGCUGUGAAAGGUGGAACAUUAAAAUCAGGAAUGAACAACUAAUAAUGCUUCUCUCUCAUUUCCAUCUUCUGGAACAGAAUUUCCCGAAUAUUUCUCGAUAUUUUAUGUGAAAGGUUAUCGUGGAUUACAUUGGGCAGCUGCCAUCUUACAGGCAUGUAAAGUUUUAUGACAGGUUUCGCAAUUGCAAUUUCGUAAUUCCUGACCUACUGAGAUAUACUGAUACUGAGAAAUAGGGCAGUAGAUAAAAUUGACAAUUUCAGUCUUUAAUUCAAUGGUUAUUGAACUUGAACAAUAUCUUGUUUCUUAAAUCUAAGGUUACCUACUACUUUUAAUAGUCACAGUUUGAUUAGACUGCAAUAAUUGGUACCCAAGCUGUAUAGCUCUUAAUGGAAAACAAUCUGCCAACAUUCAAAGUAAAAUAACCUUAAACUGUGCCAAAUUUUAACUGUGGGUAGAAUUUUUUUGAAACAGGUUUACUAUAUCAAAAACAAAUAUGCAAAACAUGGUAUGAAUUGUUUUUAUAAGGUGCCUUUUUAAGUUAGUGUAAUUACCUUUGUGGGAAACUUACCAUUGUGUUGCGUAUGUCACGGCAGUGUUGACCUGCUCUAGAUGCCCUGGAAAAAUACAAAUUAAAUGCUUUCUCCAAUUCCAAAAUUUAUUAGAUUUGAAUAAAUCGUGUCAAUAAGUAUAAACUUUAAAAACUGCUGUCAAUUUGCCAGAAUUCAGCAUUAAGUGUGAUUAAAUACCCUGUAUGAUGUGUGUUCAUAUUAAGACUUAACUAUUUAUUGCUAGUGUAGUGCCUCUUAAACUACCUCUGGUAGACACUUUUGAGGAUGUGUGCUGGAAGGAACAUAUGGAUUAACUGAAGACUUGAAGGAACCAAAACAUGUACACUGUGAUUAUGUGGCCCCCAUCUCUGGUCUCUUGCAGUGUGCCUUAUGUAGAUUUAGGAUAUUAUGACCCAACCAUCUACAUUACAGAAAUAUUCAGGGGAUUCUAAUCAGUCCUUGAAUGCAGUGGUGCAACAGUCAUUCAUGUUAAUGUGUAAAAUUUUGUGAUUUGCAUUUUAUUGUUCAAGAGAAUGACAUUUUAAAGAAUAAAUAAGAUCCUGAAAAUGA